AUGACGCCACCGAAGAAACGCGCACGAGUCGCAGAAUUCAGUGCCGAGUCACCCAAGACAGAGGAGGAGGCCGAUAGGCAUUUGCAAGCUGCCUUAAAAGCCAGUGUUCAGCGCGUCACUUGCCCAUUGUGCCAUGUUGAAUGGCCAGAAAGUGAGAUAGUACGACAUGCGAGCUCAUGUGGCACCGAAAGUGCUUCGAAAGAGGUUGAAAAGCAGUGGAAGGCUAUUCUUCCGGGACUAAGCAAGACACAUAAUCGUCGCAUCCCGUUCUUCAAGGUGUUAGAUGGCAUGCCACUAGCGGUUGAUGCAUUUCGGUACGGAGCGAUAGAGGGAUGCACAGCGUAUUUUCUGACGCAUUUUCACUCUGACCAUUAUGCUGGUCUUUCAUCAACCUGGAAGCACGGUCCCAUCUACUGCACACCUGCGACAUCGCGUCUUGUUCACGCCAAGUUGCGCGUCGACAAAAUGUGGCUGCGACCCAUUGCACUCGAUGUGCGCACACUGAUUCCUGACUCUGGUGGUGUCUACGUGACAUGCAUUGACGCUAAUCAUUGUCCAGGCUCGUGUUUGUUUUUGUUUGAAGGGCCGCUGACCGCGCACAUCCUUCCGUCGAGCAUACGCAAUCCACACAUCGGCACUUCGCGCGUGUUCCGAUACCUGCACUGUGGCGAUUUUCGCGCCUGUCCCGCACAUAAGACGCACCCAGCUUUGCAGCUAGGCAUCCUGGAUGCAAUUUAUCUCGACACGACCUACCUCGAUCCGCGGUAUUGCUUUCCUCCACAGGCACAGGUCGUUCAGGCGUGUAUCGAUUUGGUGGUGAUGCCACAUGCGCAGCCUCACGAUGUCACUCUCAUGUCAGCAUGGUUGAAGCAGCCGCAGGUCCGCAGUCAACCUUUGGUUGUAGUUGGCUCUUAUUCGAUUGGGAAAGAGCGGCUGUUCUUGGCACUCGCUAAAGCGUUGGACUCUUGCAUUUACUGCGCGGAUGCCCGAAAAUACGAGACCUAUGCUCUGCUUGACGAUCCAACACUACAGAGUCGCCUUACAAAAGACCCCAUGUCUGCGCGUGUGCAUGUGGUGACUUUGAAUGCCCUCUCUCUGGAUACAUUGCGCGCUUACACAGAAACGUUCGUGCGGCGCGGCAUGUCAAUUUCUCACACGAUUGCCAUCCGGCCCACUGGCUGGACGUUCAGUGGUCGCUCACUAGCACCGAAAAAGUCCAUUGAUGAUUUGGUGAAAGAAUGCGUGCCACCCACUUUUACCUACAAACAACUUGAGCCGCAACGCCAAAGCACACACGCGGUGCGCAUAUACGCGGUGCCGUACUCAGAGCACUCUUCGUUUUAUGAAUUGAUGGCCCUGAUGGUCUCACUCCCACACCGUCGCAUCAUACCCACUGUGUCAGCUGGCAAUCAAGCUCGGCGACAGGCGAUGCGUUCGUGGACGGACAUGUGGACGGCCGCCUCAACGCAGCAGCAUGUACAUAUAGCACCUCGUUCAGAAGACUACUGGUGA